AUGCGGUGGAAAAAGAAAGGCGGAAAAUUAUACGGGUGGCUUGAUUGUGGUGUAAGCCUUCUGGUCGGGCAUCCAUUGGACACCAUUAAAACUAGGCUUCAAACGAUGAACAUGUAUGCAGGUUUCCAAGACUGUUUAACCAAAACUGUUACAAACGAAUCGAUGUUUGGUCUGUACAAAGGUAUGUUUUUGCCGUUCGUUAGUGCUGGAGCUUUGCACUCGUUGUUGUUUGCCUCUUAUGCUACUACCUUAAAAUGCUUGAAACCAGAAAGAGUUCGAAGUUCAAAUAACGAAGAAUUACCACUACGAGAAAUUGUUUUGGCUACUUUAGUAAGUGCUGUGGUGCAACUUAUACCAGGAAUUCCUAUCGAAUUGGUCAAAACCAAACUUCAGUUUAAACUGUGCAUCUUUUUCUUGAUGGCAUUCAGUCUUUGUAUACUCAACAAUAAAUUAGUCGGUUAUAUAUGCUGCAGACUAUUUUUACAGGCAUUAGCUGGUGGAACUGCCGGAAGUCUUAGUUGGAUAAGUAUUUGCCCGUUUGAAGUAAUGAAAAAUCGUUCACAAACCCAAAGCGAUACAGCCAAUAGACAGUUACUGCAAACAGCAAAACAGAUUCUGAAAAAUGAUGGUAUUUCCGGUUUCUACAAAGGCUGUGUUACACUGAUUGUUCGCGGGUUUAUUGUUAACUCAGUUCUGUUUGUUGUUUAUGAAAAAACGUUAGCAUUUGUUGAACAUUUGUAG